CACCAGGCGAGCGCUGCCUCGCAGCCCAGCCCCCGGCAGCCGCCAGGCCCCGCGGGCCCCCGGCUGAUGCCCACGCAGCCCUCCCGCCGCAGGGCCGCCGUCCCCACGCACCCGUAGAGGCUCCGCAGGACCCGGCGCAGGAUGGGAGGCACCGCUGGGCUCAUCCACACCUCCCUGGCCGUCGGCACCUUCCUGGUUUGGUGCCAUGCCCAGAGCGGGAUGAGGAGCUACGGGCCGGUGUUCGAGGAGCAGCCAUCCCACACCCUCUUCCCUGAGGGAUCGGCAGAAGAAAAGGUGACCCUGGCAUGCCGAGCCCGGGCCAAUCCUCCCGCCACCUACAGGUGGAAGAUGAAUGGCACGGAGCUAAAGCUGGAGCCGGAUUCCCGCUACAGGCUGGUGGCCGGGGAUUUGGUGAUCAGCAACCCCGUGAAAGCCAAGGAUUCUGGCUCCUACCAGUGCGUGGCAUCCAACUCCAGGGGCACCGUGGUGAGCAGGGAGGCCUCGCUCCGCUUUGGCUUUUUGCAGGAAUUCUCAGCAGAAGAGCGGGACCCCGUGAAGAUCACCGAGGGCUGGGGGGUGAUGUUCACCUGCAGCCCCCCGCCCCACUACCCAGGUUUAUCCUACCGAUGGCUCCUGAAUGAGUUCCCCAAUUUCAUCCCGGCCGACGGGAGACGUUUCAUCUCCCAGACCACCGGCAACCUCUACAUUGCCAAGACGGAGGCCUCAGACCUGGGCAACUACUCCUGCUUUGCCACGAGCCACAUGGACUUCAUCACCAAGAGCGUCUUCAGCAAGUUCUCCCGCCUCAGCCUGGCUGCAGAGGAUGCCAGGCAGUUCCCACCCAGCAUCAAGGCCAAGUUCCCUGCGGACACCUACGCUCUGACCGGGCAGGUGGUGACCCUGGAGUGCUUCGCCUUUGGGAACCCCGUGCCCCGGAUCAAGUGGAGGAAGCUGGAUGGGCCACAGUCCUCCAAGUGGAUCGGCAGCGAGCCCCUGCUGCAGAUCCAGCAGGCUGGAUUUGAGGAUGAGGGGACGUACGAGUGCGAGGCGGAAAACUCCAAAGGGAGGGACACCCACCAGGGCCGCAUCAUCAUCCACGCCCAGCCCGACUGGCUGGACGUGAUCUCGGACACCGAGGCCGACAUUGGCUCCGACCUGCGCUGGAGCUGCGUGGCUUCGGGCAAGCCCCGGCCCACGGUGCGGUGGCUGCGGGAUGGGCAGCCCCUGACGUCCCAGAACCGCAUCGAAGUGAGCGGUGGAGAGCUGAGAUUUUCCAAGCUAGUCCUGGAGGACUCUGGCAUGUAUCAGUGUGUGGCUGAGAACAAGCAUGGCACAGUUUAUGCAAGUGCUGAAUUAACAGUGCAAGCCUUAGCUCCAGAUUUUAGACUAAACCCGGUGAAGCGCCUGAUCCCGGCAGCCCGCAGUGGGAAGGUCAUCAUCCCGUGCCAGCCACGAGCAGCACCAAAAGCCACCGUGCUCUGGACCAAAGGGACAGAACUCCUGGUCAACAGCAGCAGGGUGACGAUUACGGUGGAUGGGACCCUGAUCCUGCAGAACAUCAGCAAAUCCGAUGAGGGAAAAUACACCUGCUUUGCUGAGAACUUCAUGGGCAAAGCCAACAGCACUGGAAUCCUCUCUGUCCGAGAUGCCACCAAGAUCACGCUGGCACCAUCGAGCGCCGACAUCAACGUGGGUGAGAACCUCACCCUGCAGUGCCACGCGUCCCAUGACCCCACCAUGGACCUCACUUUCACCUGGUCCCUGGAUGAUUUCCCCAUCGACUUUGACAAGUCCGAGGGGCACUACCGGCGAGCCAGCGCGAAGGAGGCCAUUGGGGACCUCAGCAUCUCCAACGCGCAGCUGCGGCACUCGGGGCGUUACACCUGCACGGCCCAGACCGUGGUGGACAGCGCGUCCGAGUCAGCCACGCUCACCGUCAGAGGACCUCCAGGCCCACCUGGAGGGGUGGUGGUGAGGGACAUUGGUGACACCAGCGUCCAGCUGAGCUGGAGCCGUGGCUUCGACAACCACAGCCCCAUCGCCAGGUACCUCAUCGAGGCCCGGACCCUCCUGUCCAACCAAUGGAAGCAGAUGCGCACCAAUCCCAUAAACAUCGAGGGCAACGCAGAGACGGCGCAGGUGGUGAACCUCAUCCCGUGGAUGGAUUACGAGUUCCGGGUCCUGGCCAGCAACAUCCUGGGAAUUGGGGAGCCCAGUCUGCCCUCCAGCAAAAUCCGCACCAAGGAAGCAGCACCGACGGUGGCACCAUCUGGGCUCGGCGGCGGCGGAGGGGCUCCCAACGAGCUCAUCAUCACCUGGACGCCGACGCUGCGCGACUACCAGAACGGGGAGGGCUUUGGGUACAUCGUGUCCUUCCGGAGGAAGGGCAGCCAGGCCUGGCUGAGGGCGCGGGUGCCGCACGCCGAGUCGCUGCACUUCGUGUACCGCAACGAGAGCAUCGCCCCCUACACCCCCUUCGAGGUGAAGAUCAGGGCCUACAACAACAAAGGGGAGGGCCCCGAGAGCCUCACGGCCAUUGUGUACUCAGCAGAGGAAGAACCCAAAGCGGCUCCUUACAGGGUGAUUGCCAAGUCUGUCCUGUCCUCGGAGAUGGAUGUGUCCUGGGAGCCUGUGGAGCAGGGAGAAAUGACCGGAGUGCUUUUGGGAUACGAGAUCCGGUACUGGAAGGACGGGGACAAGGAGGAGGCGGCUGACAGAGUGAGGACAGCGGGCCUGGUGACAUCGGCCCAUGUCACCGGCCUGAACCCCAACACCGACUACCACGUGUCAGUGCGAGCCUACAACCGGGCAGGGACCGGCCCCCCCAGCCCUGCCACCAACGUCACCACCACGAGACCUCCACCAAAAAGGCCACCUGGGAACAUCUCCUGGACCUUUUCCGGCUCCACAGUGAGCAUCAAGUGGGACCCCGUGGUGGCCAAGGCAGACGAGUCGGCGGUGACGGGGUACAAGAUGCUCUACAGGCAGGAUUCCCACUCGGCCCCCACCUUGUACCUGGCCAGCAAGAGCCAGAUCGACAUCCCCAUCCCUGAGGAUUUCACUCACGCCUUCGUCCAGAUCAGGGUCACCGGGCCCGGCGGGGACGGGACUCCAGCAGAAGUUCACAUCCUCAGGAACAGCGGGACGAGCAUGAUGGUGGAGGACUCAGGGAUGAGGCCAGCGCCACACGUCGUGGUCGUCACCACCAACUCCCUGCUGAUGGUGGCCCUGAUCAGCUCCCUGGAGCUCUGACCUCGGCUCCUCCCCGUCCCAUGGGAACAACGCAAAUCCCAUGGGAACAACACCAAAUCCCAUGGGAACAACACCAAUCCCAUGGGAACAACACCAAAUCCCAUGGGAACAACACCAAAUCCCAUGGGAACAACACCAAUCCCAUGGGAACAACACCAAUCCCAUGGGAACAACACCAAAUCCCAUGGCAACAACACCAAAUCCCAUGGGAACAACACCAAUCCCAUGGGAACAACACCAAAUCCCAUGGGAACAACACCAAUUCCAUGGGAACACCACCAAUCCCACUUCGGGGCAGCACCGCAGGGAGAGGAUUGGAAGAUUGGACCACGUGGUUGGAAGGGAGGAAGAAAUUAAAAACAGCUUUUCUUUUUUUUUUGGUUUUGAGGAACAAAAGCUUUCAUACAAGACGUGGGUCUCUUUAACUGAUUAAAUGUUUUUUAAGGAAAACGAAGAAAAUGAGGAAUUCUCCGGGAAUUCUGCAGCCAGCUGCCCCCGCCCUCACUGUAUCCAUAGGUUUUCUGCCUUACUGAAGCCAUGUAUGAGAUAACCAGACUGCUAAAUUUGACUUUUUUUUUAACUCUGUACAGUGAAUUCCGUGGGGGGACGGGGACUGAGGAGUUCAGGGAGCAGCAUGUCCCACACCCAUCCCACCACAGCCAGCUCGGAGCAUUCGUGGGAUGGGAUUGAUCCCUUUUCCCCACAAAAAAGAACCAAAUCCUGCAGGAACCAGCCCAAGGAGAAAAACCCACGGGAGGGACGAGCUCUGCCCCAGCCUGAAAAGCUUUUUUUACUACUCUGGUGUUCACUUGCAGCCCCAGCCUGGUGCUUGUCUCAGCUGUGAGGUGCAAAUUCCGUGUUUUCCCAUAUCCCACGUGCUUUUGGGGUGGAUUUGUCACCCUGUUUGCCUCUUUGGGAAAAAGGGAACCUUUCCCAGAAUCCUUAAUUUGGGCAGCAAACAUCCUUAAUGUUGACACCGGAGGUGUCAACAAAUCCAAUUUCAGAGGGGCUCAAAGAAGGAAUUUUUUAAAAAAUGACAAAAUUAAAACAGGAAUGGGAGACUCCAGGAAGCCACCACUGGGACAAGAAGGAAAAAUUGCACUCGGAUUCAUCUCCCUGCACUGAGAAUUCACCCAGCCAAAAUUCCAGGCUUGGAUUGGGACUGCAAAGGCUGAGAUCCAGCCAGGAAGAGGCUCUGGAUUCCAGCUCCGACGGCUGCCGGACAUCCCAAGGAAAUUCCGGGGUGCUGAGGAGCCCCCUCCACUCCAGAGGCUGGGAAAAGCAGGAAUGCUGAGCUGAGCACCCACAGGACUGGCUGGGAAUCGAUGUUGCCUGUUGAAAUCUCUGUCUCCCAGUAAAGCAGUUGACCAAAGUUAACGAGAAGUGCUUGGUGUUGCUGCUGGUUCCAUCCCAAGGCGGGUUUUAGGGAUUUUCCCUGGCUCUGAUUCCUCAAUCCCAGACAAAACCGUGCCAGCCUGGGCAAUCCCAACCCUGGAAUUUCCUGGCUGGGCCCGGAUGUGCAGUUUUCCCUUUAAAUGCCAAUUUUUAGCCCAGGUGGUGGCAGGGAAAUCCCUCUCCAGACAGGGCAGCUCAGGCUUUGUUAAGCCCUGUUUUGGGCAGCCCCUUCUGCCAUUCCGUAUAUCCAGGGUUGGGAGAGCCACGGGGAGGGAUCUGCACCUCCAAAUCCAGCAUUUGCACCUCGGGAAAUGACAAAGAUCUGCGUUUUUGGCUUGGAAUGCUCCUUAAAACCUCUCAGGAGGUUCCUAAAAUACAGCCCAGGGGUUAAAGGUGUGCAGGGCCAGGGAGAGAAGUGGAAUUCGGGGGAUUUGGAGGGAGGAUGGAGAGAGGGAAGGAUGAAGGAAUGAUGGAGAGAGGGAAAAAUGAAGGAUGAAUAUAGAGAGGGAAGUCUGAAGGAUAGAGAGAGGGAAGGAUGGAAAGAAGGAUGAGAAGGAUGGAGAGAAGGAAGGAUGAAGUGAAGGAUGGGAAGGAUGAAGGAUGAAGGAUGGAGAGAGGGAAGUUUGAAGGAUAGAGAGAGGGAAGGAGCCCUGGCCAACCCCAGCCUCUGGUGAUCCCAAAGGUCCCGGAGUUCAGAGCAGAGAGACAUUUUUUCCUAAUUUUCUGCCCUUUACAGUGGGAAUUCAUGGGCAGCGAUUAAGAAAAGAUUGUUUUGCAGGGAGAGAGGGGAAAAAUGAGGGAUAAAAAGGGGUUUUACUUCCCUACUUGCACCAACCUCUGCUAUUCCUUUUUCAUUCCUUCUCCCUUCCUUCACCUGUUAUGAUAAACAUCCCCCAAACCUUAAUACCCCUUCAAAAAUCAAAGAGAACCCCCUAAAAAAAACCCCAUUAAAGGCCCUUUGUGACAGCUGGACCCCAGUGGCCGUCCCAGCCCUCGGUCUCCAAAUAAAAACUCCAAUUAUGGAUUCAUUUUCCCUGCUCUGAGCAUCUGGCUCCCCUCAGAAAUUACAAAACCCCGCAAUCCAAAGAUGAAGGAGAUUUUUGGCUCCCGCUCUGACCCCCCCCAGCAGAGCUGGAGCUUUCAUCCCGCUGGAUUUGGGAAUCCCAGCUGGGCCCAAGACACUGAAAUUUCCAUGACAAAGAGCAGAGAGGCUCCUGCAGAUGGGGCAGCUCUGGACCAUUAACUCCCAGCCCGCUGUGAUGGGUCAUUCCCGAUUUUUCCAUGUUCAGGAGGUGAAAAAAACCCUCUGGGAAUCAGCUCUGGGAAGUGCCUGGUUUGGUUUUCAUUUAAAUAAAUAAAAUUUUUUCCCUCCAUACCCAUGUU